UGAUAACUAAUUAAUAAGAACCCCAUGGGUAAUGAGAAAUAAAACAGACUAUUCAUUUUUCUCUAUAUGCUCUUUGCUGGCAUUUUUGUGUCUAGUGGAAAAGAAGUGAGAGAGAGAGAGACACUUUAUUUUUUUAAAAGAGGAACUGCAUUUAUUCAUCUAAACUUAACUGCUGACUUCAUCCUGGCAUCUAAAAUGGAUCUCAAGUGUUCUCUGGAAGAAUGUGCAAUGGCACUGAACUUAUUUCUAAAUAAUAAAUUCUCUGAAGCCCUGGAAUUGCUUCGACCAUGGUCUAAAGACAGUAUGUACCAUGCUCUUGGCUAUGGCACAAUAUUAGUUAUGCAAGCUGCUAUGACCUUUGAACAACAGGAUAUCCAACUGGGAAUUUCUACAAUGAAGGAAGCUUUACAAACCUGCCAAAGAUUCAGAAAAAGAAGCACAGUGGUAGAGUCUUUGUCCAAUCUGGUUUCUAAACAGUCAGUGGAUCAGCUGAGUGAAGAGGAAAUGCAUGCUGAAAUCUGUUAUGCUGAAUGUUUAUUGCAGAAAGCAGCACUUACAUUUGUACAGGAUGAAAAUAUGAUCAACUUUAUCAAGGGUGGCCUCAAAAUUAGGACAAGUUACCAAAUAUACAAAGAAUGUCUUCAAGUGCUACAGAUGACUCAGGGCAACAAAAGCAAAAAUGAAACUUACCACCAGUUUGAAGGAGGAGUAAAGCUUGGGAUAGGAGCGUUUAAUCUGUUGCUGUCCCUUUUACCAGGAAGGAUUCUCCGGCUUCUAGAAUUUAUUGGCUUUUCUGGCAACAGGGAUAUAGGCCUCCUCCAGCUACGGGAAGGUGCUUCCGGUACAAGUUUGAGGGCCAUCCUGUGUACUUUCACCUUGCUGGUAUAUCACACUUUUGUCUGCUUCAUCCUUGGUAUAGGAGAAGCCAAUCUUGAGGAAGCAGAGACUCUACUUGAACCCUACCUCCAGAAGUUUCCAAAUGGUUCCAUUAUUUUAUUCUAUGCUGCCAGAAUAUCUAUACUGCAAGGAAAUUUUGAAAAGGCGCAGUUAACACUCCAAGAAUGCAUUGCAGCCCAACAAGAGUGGAAACAGAUCCAUCACCUCUGUUACUGGGAGUUGAUGUGGUGCUACACAUUCCAGCAGAACUGGCUUCAAGCAUAUCGGUAUGCAGACCUGCUCUGCAAAGAGAGCAGGUGGUCUAAGGCAAUAUAUGUGUUCCAGAAAGCUGCAAUUUUGUGUAUGCUUCCUGAUGAUGAUGUGAAGAAAACUGGGGAGAACAUUGUAUCUUUGUUCAGACAAAUAGAAGGCCUAAGGCAAAGAAUUGCAGGAAAAUCUAUUCCAACAGAAAAGUUUGCAGUUAGGAAAUCACGUCGCUAUGCAAGUUCUCAGCCAGUGAAGCUUAUACUACCUGCCCUGGAAAUGAUGUAUGUCUGGAAUGGUUUUGCAGUUGUAGGCAAAAGAACAGACCUUACAGAAAGUUUAUUAAUAACAAUUGAAAAAGAAGAAACUGCUCUACAGAAUGAAGCUAAUCAUAGUGAAUACUACAUGGAUGAUGUAUGCUUGCUGCAGUUACUAAAAGGCCUCUGUCUGAAAUACCUGGGAAGACUCUUGCAAGCUGAGCUGUGUUUCAAUCAAGUUAUCCAAAGUGAAAAACAGAUAAAGUAUGAUAACUACUUGGUGCCAUUUACCCUAUAUGAGUUGGGACUUCUGUACAAACAACGGGAUGAGAGAGAAAAAGCAAUACGAUACAUAGAAACUGCAAAAAACAAUUACAAGGAUUACUCCAUGGAGUCCAGGUUACAUUUUAGGAUUCAUGCAGCACUUGACAGUUUGAAAGUGACUCCUGCUUCAACGCCUUGACUUACCCAAAGAAGGAUCUUCUUCAUGAAUGCAAGUGUCUACGCAAUCUUGUUCAAUAGGUGUAAAAAAAAUCAUGAAAAAGAAAAAAAUUAUAUUUUCUAUCAUCUUUCUGAUUUACUAUUUGUCAUACUUUAGGCUGUUCUUUUCUAUGAUGCAUAUACAAUAUCUCUGCUUGACACUUUUAAGAAAUACCUUUUAUUUAAUUUGCUAAAAUAAUGUAAUGUUUGACUUGAAUGGGGCCAGUUGCAGGUGCAAUAAAGUCAUUCAAACACUUUAUUUUUUAUGUAAAAAAUAAUGCUGUUUAUGGAGCUGUUUGAGUCUAGGUAAUGAUUUCGGCAUUCCAUGGAGACUUAUUAGGAUUUUUCUGCCUCUGGAAUAAAUUUGCUGGCUGCUAAGAGUCUGUCAUACAGUUGAUACACCUCUGAUAUUGGAAUUUUUGUACCAAGGAGAAGAUUCACUAACUUUGGGCCAGAAGAUGAAAAAGGCUCAAUUUUCCUUCAAAGAACAUUUUGUUUUCAGUGCAAUAUUUUUACCAUAUCCUUCAAGACAAAAUUAGACACUGUUGUAAUUACAUUGGCUUUACAGUCCUUUGUUUCAAUCUAAACAAGUGAUUUCAGGGAGCACUUUCCAGUCUUGUUGGGUUGCAGCCAAAAUAUAUGAAUAUUUGCAGCAGUGUACUCUUUUCCCAGGUUGAUACGUAUUCUGAACUGUUCCAUUAGCGUUAGUAAGUUACCUGUGCAUCAGCAGAGUAAACUUCAGCUCUCUCCUUCCCCCACCCUCAAAAGGGCAAAAUUCAGUGUAGUUAAUACUACUUAAUAAGGAAUAUAAAACAUGAAAGGUUUCCUUCAUGAUUAUUUGGUGAGCUACAUCUAAUAUUUGCUCACUUUUCCCUUUUCACUCUUAAUAGUUCCCAGUUGUUAUAUAACAGCCCAUAAUUUAGGAAUAUUUUAAUCCAUUUUACUGUAAACCAAAAGCUAAAUGCGCUGAUUUUGCAAGUAAUCAUUUUACAGUCUAUUUCCAUGUUUUAUAAGUGUUACUAUAUUAUUCUAGUAUGCUGAAUUGAUAAUAUAUCCAACUGCAUAGUUACUGUGAUUUAAUAUCAGGAAAAGGAAAGAAACCAAACCAAGAGGAAACAUCUUUGUUCAGAUUUACUCAUCCUCAGUUAAUGUAAAUUAAUUCAAAUUUUUAUAUUAAAUAUUUACUUUAAAUUAAAUGUUAUAGUUAUUAGAGGGGUACUUGGUAGCCGUGUUGGUCUGAGACAAAAAGACAUGCAAAAAACUAGAACUCUUUGGUUCCAAAAUGAUACCUUUUAUUAGACCAACUGGAAAAUGGCAAGAAAAUUGUCCUUUUCUGCAAGCUUUUGGGAUCAAAGUCCCUUUGUCAGGCUCUGGGAAAAGUGUAGAUGGUAUAAGAUGGUAAAAAGUCCCCAUAGGUAGGAAAUAAACUUCAGUUUUGCACAAAGGGAGCUGGAGAUGGAAAUCUGCCCCUCUGAGUUAUUAUAGUUAUUAGAUGACUUUUUAAGACCAUAGUUUCCUCCUGGACAUUUUCAAAAACCUUACUUUUUUGAGAAUGUUUUAAUUAAGUAGAAAAGUAUGUGUCCUUGACACAAGAACAUUCAUAGCUGCAGUAAUAGUAAAGAUUAAUGUGAGUUUAAAAAUCCCAUUGCAAAGUUCUUAAACUUUAUCCAAGACCAGUUGGCUUCAAUGGAUUUUGGUUAGGAUCUUUAGAGCCUGAAGGAAUAAAAACAUGCCUAAUUUUAUUCAUAUGUAUGAAUUCAGUAAAAUUAUAUUUUGGGUAGUUGUUUUCAGAUUAGACUCUAAAAAUGCUAAUGGUAUAUAACAUAAGCAGAAUACUUUCCGUUACCAUAAAACAUACAGGACCAAAUUCAUUCUUGUGUAAUUUCAGUUAAAGUAUAGGAAUUUUAAAAUUUUGCUCUUGAUUAUUAACUCGGAUUGAGAGUGUGCAGAUUGACUACUCAUUAAGCUACACAGUACUCUCUGUUAUUUCCCUCUUCAUUUAAACUCAUGGUAUUGAUUACCAGCUUAAAAAAUAAUAGGAAAUGUGGAUAGCUAAAGUAUGAGACAAUCCUUUUUGACUUUGACAUGCAUUCCUGGAUUAUCUGCAGUUUAGUUUCUACUGCCAACCCUCUCAAACAUGCAGAAUGGCUCCAUGUUUAUUCAAAAGUGAGAACAGUGCAAUAAUAAUACUAUAUUCUAUAUGGCAAACAAAUACAUAGUGAACUGAACAGAUGGAUGCACAGGAAACUGGAGCAGGAGUGAAACCAGUUUUCAAUGAAAGACAACAACUGAAUUGUUUGUGGUUCGCUUAGUUUGAAUAUAAUGAUGUUAUACUGCUGACUGCAUCACAAAUCAUGAUUUUUGGAAAGCAGACAGGGUGCUGUGUCAGGAAAGAGCCAAUUGCUUUAAUGUUUAAUAUAUAAUAAUGUAGCAGGAUACAUUUUCACUAUCCUUUUCAAGAGUAUUUGUACACACUUUCCUUUAGUAGUAAUAUCAACAUCCCCAGUCUUUCUCUGUCUGUCUGUAUGCCUCUCUCUCUCAUUAAAAUGAUGGUUUUUAUGUCCUCUUGUUGAAGGCAGCCAUAUUGUUUAAGUAAGUAGAAUGGUAUACAGAAUGGGCAUAUCAACAUAAUUUUGCCAUGUGAUGUUAUUGUUAACAUUUUGAUGCACUCAGUUUUCUAGUAUGACUGUUAUAGAUAUAUUCUCCCCAUCUUUCUUGGCAUUCUUGCCUGUAUUAGGCUCUCAAGGAAAGCAGGUCUUCCUAGCUUCAUAGUAAACUAUUCAUUUGUAGGUCUCAAAAUAGAAAAUGUAAAUACAGAACAUGUACAUGUGUGUGAGAGAGAGAAAGUACUAAUCUUUCACACUCCCAGAUUUUAGCAGAGUUCUUAUGAUGGAUGCAUUUCCUUCACAGCCACUUCAUCAGAGGCUCAGAACUCCGGUAUCUUCCAGUGAAGUUGGAGCAGUAUGUCUUAAGAUAUUAGAUUCAUGUUAGAAAAUGAGAUUUAACAAUAAGAAAAUUAUAAUUAAAACUUUUAAAAAAUCUGCUGCAUGCUGUACUGUGCAGAGCCUUUAUUAUAAUACAUUUUUAGUCUUGCUGCUGUUCAGGACUCUCACCUCCGUUGCUUUUACCCCAUAUAAUUCGUGAGUAAUAAUUUGAAACCUUAAUUUCCUACAGCAUAGUUUACCCAGAUCAAACAAAAAUGCAAAUUAGAUUGACAUAAGUGGACCAUACAUAAUGUGUCCAAGCGCAUAGUUAGUCCCUUAAUUUGGACAGCAUGGUUUAGCAUUAAUUAUAACAACAAAAAAUAAGUAAAGGAAAAAGACCUCUUUACUCUUAAAAUCGUAGCAGAUAUGUGAUUUUAAAAAAGGGGAAAGGUAUACCCAUCAGCACAAUUGGAAUUAUAAGGUAAAGUUUCACUUCACAUCAGUAAUUUUAUGCAUUGAAAUUGUUAGUAAGAGUACUGAGUUUAUGCUUGGUGUUUGAAUUUUCAUUCUGUUGGUGAAGGGUUGUUUAUAUAUAAUGUAAUAAGAUUUUAAGCACUGGUUUUACCAGCUUUUUCAUGGAAACUUUAAAGAAAAAUCAAAAACCUUAUUGAGGAAUUGUGUUUAUAUAUCUUAAUGUACAUGAACAAACAGCUACAUUCUGUACAUCAUAGCUGAAGAAUGUAUGGUAAUUAGAUUUUGCUUUAUGUUUUUAGAACAUUCUGCCAAUUCAAGCAUAAAGAUAACAAUAAUCACUUCCUGUACGUGUAACAUAAAUUCAGCUUAUGCUGUGCAACUAUUUUACUACUCGCCCUGAUGGUUAAUGUACUUCUGUUAUUGUAAACAUUCAUUGCAUAGUUCAACAAAGACUGUUUAUAUUUGCCCUAGUGAUGGUAUUUAUUUGUGCUUAAAAAUACUGGAGUUUGCACAUGUUAAAGGGAUGCUAUUUUAAUAUGUAAUAUUAGAAUGAACAUGGAUAAAAGAUGAAAAAUAUUUUUGGCAUUAAAAGUAUAAAGAAAGAGACUAAUUCAUGCUAAUAUACUGGGUGAGAUUCAAAUUUCAAAUCAGUUAUUUAUGGUUUAUGUUGAUGUAACUGAGAACAGAAUUUGACCCAGAUUGUAACUGUGCAUUAGGAACACUAAACAUGAGCAGUAGGAAAUAUCAGUGGGUAGCAGAUAUGUGAUUCAGGGACGCAAGAAGUCCUUUAGAUUGUACCUUCCAAUGUAACAAGUCCUAGAAAAGAAAUUGUGUUUUGGCGUAUGGAUGGUUAAUAUAAAAAAAGCACUGAUUGUCAGUUGCUAUACAUUAGAUACCAAAUAGUACCUCUGUGCAUUUAAAGGAAAGUUGCAGUGAUUAUUGAUAACAAUAUACGCAGCUGUAUAAUUUACAACAGGAUUUUCAAAGGAGCUUAAUCUCUGAGAGUUAAAUUAACUGCUUAAGGAUAUUUUGAAAUUUCCAGCCUUAUUAAACACAAGACAAAUUCUGCUUUUUUACAUUUGUAAGCAGAUUUCAAUCUGCUUCAGUAAUUACACACUUGGGAAAAUAAAUGUUUGUGCCAUUUUCAGUAUA